AUUUUAUUCGUUAAAUUUACAUUUUCACGGAAAAAUUUUCAGUUUUACGUUUCAAAAAGUAUUUUCAACUUGAUUUCAGUUAAUAAAACUAUUAAAAAUGGCUUCAGCUUUCGUCGAUGUUUUGACUGAAAUGGGUUUUGAAAGGAACAGAGCUGAGAAAGCACUGGAGGAGACAGGGAAUGCUGGGGUGGAAGUGGCCAUGGAGUGGUUGAUAACCCACGAAAAUGAUGCCAUAUAUGAUGAAGUAACUGAUGAAACAACUAAAACAGCAGAAGAUAUCUCAGCUGCAACAGCCACAGCAGCAACAACAUCAUCGACUGAACAAAGUGCCAAGUCUCUAAAAUGUGAAGAUUGUGGGAAGAUUUUUGCUGGGAUUGGGGAGGCAGAGUUGCAUGCCACGAGGACUGGCCAUUCAAACUUCACAGAAUCAACAGAAUCAAUCAAACCACUGACUGAGGAGGAGAAACAGCAACAACUUGUCAAAGUCCAGGAGUUAUUGAAGCAGAGAAGGGUGGAGAGAGAAGAGAAAGAGAGAGUGGAACAGCUGGAACGAGAGAAAAGCAGGAGGAAUAUGGGCAAGGAAAUUUCACAAGCCAAACAAAAAAUGCAGGAAAUGGAGAUGAAGAAGAUUCUAGAUCAGAGAAAGAGGGAUAAGGAGGAGGAGAGAGCAGCCAAGCAGAGAGUGAAGGAGCAGAUUGAGAAGGACAAACGAGAUAGAGAUCUUAAAUUUGGAAAGACAAACGCCGUGAAUGAACCUCAGCAGCAGCAGCAGCUUCAAACUGCGACUACAUCUCAGCAGCAACAACGUCUACCUCAACUCACCAAAGAGUAUAUCGAAACAAAAAUUCAAAUCCGGUUAUUAAAUGGAGAUAAAUUAGUUGAAACGUUUAAAGUGGACGAAAGUUUGGCAGCUGUUCGUCUCUUCGUGCAGCAGAAAUCAGCUGCUUCAGCUGCUGCUAACUCUGCUUCUACGGCUUUCUCUGGCUUGGGCCCCUUUACAUUCAGUACCAACUUUCCUAGGAAAGAUUACAAUGACGAUGAGAUGCAGAUGAGUCUUAAAGAGUCUGGUUCCAUCUGCUGUGCUCAUGCUUAAGAAGAUUUAUUAGUUUCCUAUCAUUAGUUACUUAGCUGUUUUUUUUGUUUUUUCGAUAAUUAUUCGUUCGAUAUAUGUUCAAUUUGUUUCAUGGAGUUGAAUGUUGUUGAAUUAAUUUUUAUAAAUUAGUUAUUUAAUUACAAAAUGAAAAUAUGUGUUGAUGUUUUA